GAACUGUAGUAAGGAGAAGGCGGCAGUCGAGGGCAGCCGGGUGAUAGCUCGCAUGAUUGCACUCAAUGUUCGCGACAAGCCGGCUUUCGAUUCGCUGUUUGACAUCGCCCCCUCCGCUGCCGACCAACCCCUGCCUCCCCGUGGACCGCGCGCCCCGAGCCCGUCCCCACCUAAUGGGGCAUCCGUGCCGCGUGUUCGCGUAGAGGACGCCAACCUGGGGACGCUGGGGUCGCUCAAGAAGCAUCAACUCGUCAACGUUCUCGCAGCGUUCAUCGAGGACGGCCUGUUUCCGAUCGACCCCAAGCGAGUGCCGGCCUGCAUCAACGGUGAGCUUGAGCUUCCUCUGAUCAACGAGUUUUGCACACCUUUUGCAGCCAAGCAAAGGCGAGUCUCUCCGGAAGAACGACGCAUGAUCAGGGCAGAGAUUCAGCAGUUGGUAGACCGAGGAGUGAUCCGUCAAUCCAUGUCUCCUUGGGCUGCCCAGUGCUUGUGCGUCAAGAAGAAGGAUGGUACGCUGCGACUGUGCAUCGACUGGCGUGAACUCAACAAACUCUUGGUCUCCGAUAGUGGGGGUUUGGGUGACAUGCAGACGAUAUUCGAUGGGUUGAAGGGGAAGAAGUAUUUCACUCAGCUAGACCUCGCCUCCGGUUUUCACCAGAUGGAAAUCGCCGAGAAAUACCGUUCCAAGACGGCCUUUCGAGAUGCGGAUGGAAUGCUUUGGGAAUUCACGCGCGCGGGUUUUGGCCUGACGGUGCUUCCGGCGGCCUUCACUCGUAGAGUAUAGUCGGCUCUGGGGCAUCUAGCGGGCGUGUUUAGCUGGCUUGACGACAUUCGCAUCGCUAGCGACACAUGGGAAGAACAUCUCGCCACUCUGACGCUCGUUCUGAACCGCCUUCUGGCUGCGGGGCUGUCCGUAAACUUCGCAAAGUGCAUUUUCGGCGCAGCAUCGCAGGAAUUCCUCGGCAUGAUCAUCGACAGCACGGGCCUGUACCCUGCUCCGUCUAAGCUAGAUGCAAUCGCACGCAUGCCUCGCUCACACACCGUAGAAGAGCUGCGCACGUUUUUGGGUCUUACCGGCUACUUGCGUCAGUUUGUACCCAACUACAGUUUGACUGCCGCUCCGCUCACCAACAUCCCGCGCAACAAAGCCUUCGCUUCGAAACGUGCACGCAAGCUUCCUAUCCCGUGGUCCGUAGCUGAGGAAGACGCCUUCCAGUCUUUGCGAGAAACGUUGGCUUCCCCGAAGGUCCUCGCUUUCCCUGACCUUGAGCGUCCGUUCGAACUGCACACGGAUGCUAGCACGCUGGGUGUAGGAGCUUCGCUCAUGCAGACAAUCGAUGGUUUCACCAGAGCGGGGCGUUCGCGAGCCACCGGUUUUCACAAACCGAUGCUAGACGCGGGCUCACGGAAAUAGAAUGCAUGGGGGUCCUCUGGGCUAUAGACCACUUCCGGCCGUACCUAGCGGGUAGACGGUUCAAAUUGGUGACAGACUGUUCUGCCCUCACAUGGUUGUUCCGAAGCCGUGAACUCUGCCCCAAGCUGCACAGGUGGGCGCUGCGGCUGAUGGAGUACAAACAUGGAGCUGGAAUGGAAGGCGGGGGUAGAGCACGUAGUGCCCGAUGCUUC